ACCAGGCCACCCAAGGGAGAGAAGAAGAGCUUCCAAACUCACCUCCAUUGCUGCAAAUUCGAGCUCAAGCUCUAGUGGUCCAAGGAGGAGGAUUUAAGAAGGCAAAAGUUAGGAAAAGUGUGAAUAAUUAAGGCACUUGUAAAGGGUAUUUCAAGUGAUUUCACAAAGUUGGAAAAGUCGCCGGAAUUGUCGCCGGAGUUGACCAAAAGUCGCCGGAGUUUCACCGGAGUUCAACCAAGAAGGGUAGAACUUCUUAACGCUAGUUCAAGGUUGAAGCUAGGGCUUGCUACCUGCACCUCUCUUACGGGUGAUAUCGACUCAGGAAGACGUGGUUCGUGCUUCCUUAUUUUCUUUCAAACUACCGAACACUUGCUCAUGGAUAUUUGUUCUACUAUAAACUAUUUUUGGGGCUUGCAUGCCCAUGUUGUUGGCCGGUUGUGGCUUAUGACUUACCGUUGAAUAUUUCCGCUAUUCAUUGGUGUAAUGUGAUGUUGUUAUGUAUGUUUACUACUGAGUAUGGAUGGAUUAUAUUCUCGAACGCCUGGUGUAAUUAAGUGAGGUUGACUCGCGGGUGACGUCACUUGGUUAUACGGCGGUUGUACACGCGCUUGGAUUGCGGUCUGGGGCGUGACAAAUAAGUGGUAUCAGAGCCAUCUCAGUUCUAAACUAUAUAAUCAACCUCUCACAUGAGAUUUUACGAAAGAGUUUUUACCGAAAACCAUGAGCAUUGGAUUUUGACGUUAUGGGACUAUUGGAGCCUAAGUUGCAAGGCCUCUAAUUGUUAAGACGGUACCCUUAACAAUUGGUAUGGUGGUGACUUAGACCAAUACGUGUCUGUAACGUUCUUCCGUCAAUUGACAUUUAUAGGAGUCUAAUGACUCAUCCAUAUUUCUUUCAGAAAUGGAGGGCAGGCGAAUGCGGACUAGGAACAAUCCGAGGGGGCAGGCGCCGGUAACAUCCCAAAGGGGAAGCCGGGCUGCAUCUCGGGGUUCAAGAGGAGGCCGUGGAGGCCGUGGAGGUCAUCAAGCUCAAACUGUGAGUGAUGGCCAUGUAAGCUCGGUGUAUGAAACCAACACCGAGGACUAUGACUCUACGUAUGUUCCUGAGACAGAGCAUGAGGAGACCCCAUAUGAUGGGGGUGACACAUACACCGAUGAGGACAAUGAUGAAAGUGAUGCCCGCUUCGCCCAAAUGGGUGAAUUACUUGAGUGGUAUCAAAAGGAGAAACAGAGGAGAGACCUUAGGCGCCAAGCGAGGCGUGGCUCUCGUGGUGGUUCGGGUCAAGGGAGCCGGGGAGCUUCCGUGGCCACCCCAGCGGCGUCACAAGGUGGGCGUGAAGGAGGUUUUGUUGUGAGAAUCUCCAAGUACCUCAAGGAGGCUAGGGCCUUGGGGUGUAGGUCCUUUGACGGCACCGGUGACAUUACCGUUGCCGCCGAUUGGAUUAAGAAGGUGAAGGAUGCAUCAAGAGACAUGCAAAUCACACCGGACGUGAAGUUGACUGUCGCUUCACGGCUACUUGAAGGGAUAGCCUCUACGUGGUGGGAGAGCGUGGAAGGGAAGUACCAUGGGGAAAUAACAUGGGCGGACUUUGAGCUAGAGUUCUAUGCUCAAUACUACUCCGAGUACGAGGUGAAUGUGAAACGGAGAGAGUACACUAACCUCAAACAGAAAGAUGGCGGCACGGUUAAGCAGCUGGAACAAGAGUUUAGAACCUUGGCGAGGUUCUUGCCAGAGUACGCGGUUGAUGAGAACCGCAUGACGGAGCACUUCUGGGAUGCAUUACUCUUGGACAUCCGCGACCGAGCUACAUACUCUCGCCACAUGUCAUUUAGCGAGGUGGUGGAACAGGGCCUUCUUGGAGAGGCCCAGUGGAAUGAGAGGAAAGCAAGGGACGCCGAAGAGGCGAAGAAGAGGAAGUGGAAUAAUUCGGGGCCACCCGAUCAUUCUCGAAGAAACAACCACGGGGGUGGUGGUGGUGGCGGUGGUUCAUUCAAGGCGCCGGCCCCACCGGCAAAGAAGAACAGGGAUGCGAGGUGGCACGGACCUAGGCCACAGAACUCGGGGCCACCUAGAUGUCCCAAUUGCUCAAAACAACACUUUGGGAAGUGCAAUGAACCACCGAGGUGUUUUAAGUGCGGGAAUGCGGGCCAUAUGAAGGCCAAUUGCCCUCAAUUGAUGCAAGAGAGUGCCUCGGGAGCCGGGGGAGGGACCAUGACGGGAAGGAACCGUGCGGGACCGUCAAACGGCGGCACGGGAAGAGGCGGCGCAUCCACAAGUCAUGCCGCAUCCGUCAACCAAGGUGGGACCCAAGCCCGAGUGUACGCGAUGACCGAGGCGGAUGCGAGAGCAAACCCGGACUCCGUUGCAGGCACUUGUAAAGGGUAUUUCAAGUGAUUUCACAAAGUUGGAAAAGUCGCCGGAAUUGUCGCCGGAGUUGACCAAAAGUCGCCGGAGUUUCACCGGAGUUCAACCAAGAAGGGUAGAACUUCUUAACGCUAGUUCAAGGUUGAAGCUAGGGCUUGCUACCUGCACCUCUCUUACGGGUGAUAUCGACUCAGGAAGACGUGGUUCGUGCUUCCUUAUUUUCUUUCAAACUACCGAACACUUGCUCAUGGAUAUUUGUUCUACUAUAAACUAUUUUUGGGGCUUGCAUGCCCAUGUUGUUGGCCGGUUGUGGCUUAUGACUUACCGUUGAAUAUUUCCGC